AGCAGCAGCAGCGACGAAGGCAGCACUGUGGUUCGCCGUGAAAAGAAACGGGCGCCCCACAAUCCGAUGAUACAGAAGACCCGUGGCAGUGGUAAACAGAAGGUGGUUUACUGUGAAUUGAGUAGCGAGGAGGAGGAGGGGGAUGGGAAGGGGAAUGAGGCUGAGACUCUCCGUGUGGUCUACAAGUCCACCCGCUCGGCGAAACCCGUGGGGCCAGAGGAUAUGGGGGCGACUGCUGUCUACGAGCUAGACACAGAAAAGGAGCGUGACGCACAAGCCAUCUUUGAGCGCAGCCAAAAGAUCCAGGAGGAGCUGAGAGGCAAGGAAGAUGACAAGAUCUAUCGGGGAAUCAAUAACUAUCAGAAAUACAUGAAACCCAAGGAUACAUCUAUGGGCAAUGCUUCCUCCGGAAUGGUGCGGAAGGGCCCCAUCCGAGCUCCCGAGCAUCUACGUGCCACCGUGCGCUGGGAUUACCAGCCCGACAUUUGUAAGGACUAUAAGGAGACUGGCUUUUGCGGCUUCGGAGACAGCUGCAAAUUCCUCCAUGACCGAUCAGAUUACAAGCAUGGGUGGCAGAUCGAACGUGAGCUUGAUGAGGGUCGGUAUGGUGUCCAUGAAGAUGAAAAUUAUGAAGUGGGAAGCGAUAGUGAGGAAAUACCAUUCAAGUGUUUCAUCUGUCGCCAUUCCUUCCAAAACCCAGUCGUCACCAAGUGCAGGCAUUAUUUCUGCGAGAGCUGUGCACUGCAGCAUUUCCGCACGACGCCGCGCUGCUACAUUUGUGACCGGCAGACCAAUGGCGUCUUC